CGAAUACGAAGACUCGUAUAUCCAAAGUCUCGAAGUCCAAAACCAAAACCUAAUGGAAAGCUAAAUUGAAUAUUGAUUACACGCCAGGAGAAGAGUGGAAGCGAGUUAAUAGGAAAGUGAGCAUCGCCUCACACAACCGGCAAUCGAACUUGCUUAAAUGAUUAUGCAUGGUACCUGGUACAAAGGACCACAGUUGGCGCAUCAUCCACACACCCAUACCCAUUCCCAUCACGGAGCAGCCGGGCACAGCCACCACGGCCAUCACACUGACUACCAUCAGUUUCGCUCGUAUCCCUCGUUCGUGGUGACACCCUACCAUGAUGGACAUGCUCCGGGCCCGGCCACGCCCACACCGUGCACACCCUGCGCCCCAGCAACGCCCUGCAACGUUGGUCCAACAGUUGGAGUCGUCGGUGCCUGUCAGAGUGGCGGCGAGGGGCAGCCACUAAUCGUUGAGGGCACCUUUGCCGCCGCCGCCGCAGCCGCCGCUGCCGCAGCUGCAGCAGCAGCCACCGUUGCCACGAACGGUGGAGCCAACAACGCCAACAACACGCCCCUGCUCACCAGUCCGUCGAUCAAGAUCGAGCAGGUCUUUGGCGAGGCGUCGUCCCUGGGAGCCGUCGUCGAGGAUUAUUCCCUGAGCCUUGACUGCCCAGUCGACCAGCACACGCAUAACUUUCGGAAACCCCACAGCAGCAGCAACAACAACAACAACAACAAUAACAGUUACUCGUGGUCAUCCAACAACAACGAAGUUGUAGCAACAACACCACCAACGCCACCCAUCGAAGGCAACACCACCCAAGCGACUUCAGUGUCCGCAAUUAAUUUGAAUCAGACCCAACCCGCAUCACAGACGCGUCCGAACUUUGGCAGCUCCAUAAAGUCACCACCAGAGUCGGACAACGCCAACGCCAACGCCGCCACCACCACCCACGCCACAUCGGCAGCCGCCACGUGCAAAAGCCAGGAGCACCACUCCGGCUCCAGUCCAAAUUCGAGGGCCGCUUCUGUAGCCUCUGCCGCCGCUGCAGCUGCUGCUGCUGCCGCUGCCAAUAUGCCGAUCGGCGGUGUUCAGGGUCAGAACCCCACCCAGGGACUGGUCCACUGGAUGAGCGCCGUGAUGGCCGAGCAUAUGACGGGCCAGACGCAUCAUGAUCCCACCGCAGCCGUGGGCAUGCACUACAUGUGGAACGGCAAUGUGGAUCAUGCCAAAGACAUAAGCGAUUACAAUCUUUGGCCGCCGACGCCGCGCAGUCAUCAGCAUGCCAGCGAGCAUCAUCCAAUGUCCCUGAAACAGGAAUACGAGGCCAAAAUGAACGAUCACCACCACAACCAAUUGCAGAAAGGUCACUUUCUGGAUGACAAUCGUCUGGAGCAUCAUGCGGUGGCCGGACAAGGUGGCCUGGGCCUGGGAAGUGCCGCCAAUGGCGGUGCGGGUGGUGGAGCCUCUGGCGGUGGCAACUCCAGCCUGGGCGUCCCAUCACAUCAUGGGAAUCAUGUGAGCGCCGCAGCCGCUGCUGCUGCCCAUCAUCACAACUCUGCGGUGGCAGCUGCCUCGGCGGCGGCCUCUCUUCUCGUCGUGCCCCAGCCCAUCAAUGCCAGCAAAAUGGGCGGCGGCCAGGGCGCGGUCGGUGCAGGGACUGGUGGACAUGCUCCAGGCGGUGGCAGUGGACGCAAGUAUCAGUGCAAAAUGUGCCCGCAGAUCUUCAGCUCCAAGGCGGAUCUGCAGUUGCACACGCAGAUUCAUAUGAGGGAGGCCAAGCCGUACAAGUGCACCCAGUGCUCAAAGGCCUUUGCCAACUCGUCGUAUCUGUCGCAGCACACGCGAAUCCAUUUGGGCAUUAAGCCGUACCGCUGCGAGAUCUGUCAGCGAAAGUUCACCCAAUUGUCGCACCUGCAGCAGCACAUACGGACACACACGGGCGACAAGCCGUACAAGUGCCGGCAUCCCGGCUGCCAGAAGGCUUUCUCCCAGCUCUCGAACCUGCAGUCGCACUCGCGCUGCCAUCAGACGGACAAGCCGUUUAAGUGCAACUCCUGCUACAAGUGCUUCUCGGACGAGCCCUCGCUGCUGGAGCACAUACCCAAGCACAAGGAGUCCAAGCAUCUGAAGACGCACAUUUGUCAGUACUGCGGCAAGUCGUACACCCAGGAGACCUACCUGACGAAGCACAUGCAGAAGCACGCGGAGCGCACCGACAAGCGGCCACCGAUUGUGCCGGGAAGUGCAGCAGCCAUUGCUGCCGCAGCUGCUGCAGCCGCCGCGGGCAGCUCAGGAGCGGGCUCUUCGGUGCCACCAACGGCCAGCAAUCCUGCCCAGCACCAACGCAAUAAUUUGGGACUGCCACCGGUUUCGAUAGCUCCCAGCGAGAGCAGCUACUGGCCAAAGGUGAGUCCUGACUCGGCCGCCGCUGCCAAUGCCAUGGAAGUGAUGCACCAGCAGCAACAGCAGCAGCAGCAACAACAACAGCAACAGCAGCAGCAGCAGCAACAACAGCAGCAGCAGCAACAGCAACAACAGCAGCAGCAGCAUCAGACGCAUCACCAUCAUCCGCAACACGGAGUUCCACCGCAGCAACAUGUCCCGCCACAACAACAGCAGCAACAGCAACAGCCCCCGCAUCAUCAUCAUCCGCAGCAGCAGCAGCAGCCACCACCGCAGCACAGCAUGGAGGGGCACUAUGUCCAGCCGACGGCACCAAACAGUGCCCAAAGCAAUGGCCAUGGACCAGAGUUGCAGGCGCAUCAUCGCAUGCCCGAUCCGGUGAGGGAGGAUAUAGUGUCCACACCCAGUGCUGUGGGUCCAUAUGAUGCCGCGUCCCUAACGAAAUCCACCAGCAAUUCGGCCUUUACGCCGAUCAACUCAAUGCCGCCGCACUUGAACUCGCUGAGCCACCAUCCGAUGGCCCAGCGACCCUAUCUCUACGAUGCCAUCAGUUUUCCGAAUAAGAAUGUCAACCAGAACAAUGCGAAUGCGUUCCCUAACCAGCUGAUCUCGCUGCAUCAGAUCCGCAACUAUGCGCACCAGCCGGCGGGUCUGAUGGCUGGGGAACAUCUGUUGGGCGUGAGUGUGGGUCCGGGCAAGGAGAAAGGGUAGCUAGGGUCCUACUUUUAAGUUUGGUACUUAUCCACGUUGCUAUAAUUAACUGUAUCAUUUGACGAGGCGUGCAUUCCUGUACAGUAUUAAUUUGUAGCUUAGCUUACAUUUACAUCUAAAUAGAUAUUGGUUUAAGUUUACGUUUGGGAUAAGCUCGCACUGUAAAUGGCCAACGAUACGUAUUCUUGUUUAAAUAACACCGUCCAUACCUAAGUUUAUACAAUGUCCCGACUCUAAAAAAUAUGUACACAUGUGGACCCUGAAUCCUUUAAACCAUCCAAAUGUUGGUUCUCUUUCCCACAGACAGACCUCGUCGUUUGCAAAACUUGUAAAUACUUUAAAGAAUUGAAGGGAAAUGUAUUUAUAUUCGAAUGCACAAACGGAUCUCGCAGUCUUAAAUCAAAUAGCAGCUGCAAACUAAAACCGAUAUAUAUGUACAUACAUAUAGAACCUAAAGGAUACUUAUUCCAAAACGUAAUUUACAUUCAAGUAUAGUACUAUACAUAAAUACAUAUAUGAAUAUAUAUUUGUUUAGGUGUAUCCGUGUAUUGAAUACAGAAAGAUUUCUGAAAGAAACCUUUCCUACAGACAUACGAGUACAUACAUAAGAAUAUAAGAGCACAGAACACAACACACAACAAAUUCACGAAAAUCGAAUGUGUUUACAACUAUAGAUGGAACUAUGCGAUAGAUACAAGAAAC